CGGACAUCCAAUCCCUGCAGUCGGAUUGGCUGGAUUCUGACCCUCAGUCACUAGUUUCCAUAUUUGGUCACAGAUACUAUUCCUCAACCCCCACGCCGGACAGCUUCAAACUGAUUAAAGAAAGACAGCCAAUCGCACUGCUGAGACCCUAUGAUGGACAUCUCCAUUCCAACCAAUCAGAAGGGGAGCGGGGCGGCCCUUCAUCAACUCUUUAAAAGCCAGACCCAGCGUCUGCUCUGACACUUCAAUCCUGAUAUUUCAGGCUGUAAUCGCACUGCUGAAGGAGAAUGGCUCGGACCAAGCAAACAGCGCGUAAAUCGACCGGUGGCAAAGCUCCCCGCAAACAACUGGCGACCAAAGCGGCGCGCAAGAGCGCUCCGGCAACAGGCGGAGUGAAGAAGCCCCAUCGCUACCGGCCCGGCACCGUGGCUCUGAGGGAGAUCCGGCGCUACCAGAAAUCCACCGAAUUGCUCAUCCGCAAACUGCCCUUCCAGCGCCUGGUGCGCGAAAUCGCACAGGACUUCAAAACCGAUCUGCGCUUCCAGAGCUCGGCCGUCAUGGCCCUGCAGGAGGCCAGCGAAGCUUACCUGGUGGGGCUCUUUGAGGACACCAACCUGUGCGCCAUCCACGCCAAGCGAGUCACCAUCAUGCCCAAAGACAUCCAGCUGGCCCGGCGUAUCCGCGGCGAGCGCGCCUACUUGAAAGAGCUUGUGUUGAUUGAAGAAUUUAAGAAGUGUGUCCCUGAUGAUGUAAAGGCAUACCAAGAUGAAGAGGGUGCCGACACCCUGCGGGGGUCUGCUAAGACAGCAGAUGAGGUUGUUUUAACCCACAAGGUUGAGUUUACUCCAGAGUUCGAGAGAAUUUGUGCAGAGUUUCUGACCAUGACCGAGACCGCAGAAGUGGCUCCACCAGCGGCACCCGCCACCACACCCAAGGCUGCCAAGAAGAAGAAGGCGGCCGUCCGGACAAAGUCAGCCGGUCCCAAACUGGGCGAUCUAAUCGACAAGAUUGUGGCCGAUUGCCGCAGUCAGCGAGGGGUGUCCGUAGCCGCGAUAAAGAAGAAUUUGGCCAGCAGCGGCGUCGAUGUACAAAAGCUGAAAGGUCAGAUCAGGUUGACCAUUAAAAGGAAAGUGGAUAAAGGCACCCUGGUUCACACUAAGGGCGCAGGUGCCUCCGGCUCCUUGAGGGCCGCUAAAAAAGAACAUACCGGGAAAGUCGUGAAAAAAGCGAAGAAACCAGCGGCCAAGGCAUCUAAGACCAAGAAGGCAGUGACCAAGAAAUCUGUGGCCAGGAAAACAGGUGCCAAGAAAUCUCCCGCCAAGACCAAAGGGGUUAAGAAAACUGCGGUUAAAAAAGCGGCAGCUAAGAAAACAGCGACCAAGAAGACCGCGCAGAAACCCAAGAGUCCGAAGAAAGUCGCAGCCCCCAAGGUGGCCAAGAAGUCGGCAAAACCCAAGCCGAAGGCAAAAUCUGUGAAAGCCAAGAAGGCAGCGGCCAAAAAAAGGAGAAUGGCUCGGACCAAGCAAACAGCGCGUAAAUCGACCGGUGGCAAAGCUCCCCGCAAACAACUGGCGACCAAAGCGGCGCGCAAGAGCGCUCCGGCAACAGGCGGAGUGAAGAAGCCCCAUCGCUACCGGCCCGGCACCGUGGCUCUGAGGGAGAUCCGGCGCUACCAGAAAUCCACCGAAUUGCUCAUCCGCAAACUGCCCUUCCAGCGCCUGGUGCGCGAAAUCGCUCAGGACUUCAAAACCGAUCUGCGCUUCCAGAGCUCGGCCGUCAUGGCCCUGCAGGAGGCCAGCGAAGCUUACCUGGUGGGGCUCUUUGAGGACACCAACCUGUGCGCCAUCCACGCCAAGCGAGUCACCAUCAUGCCCAAAGACAUCCAGCUGGCCCGGCGUAUCCGCGGCGAGCGCGCCUAAACCCGACCUCGGCACCAAACACAACAAAAGGCUCUUUUCAGAGCCACUAAUCCGGCAGAGAAAAGGGCUGUCAAUUCCUGUUCACUACCCUUUUGUUAAUCACGCCAUUCCCUGUGGGAGUUUUGAUCAAUAAGACAUUACAGCUUCUCACAAACCCCCCACACACACACGGCUGACUCCCCUCAACACAGAAUCAGUCGUUCGGUGCAGCUGGAUUAACUCGAGUCAGCUGUUAGUGUAUCCCUGUCCCGCACCCCAUCCGUGUACAGUUGGUUGUUGUGGGCAAGGUUUCCAGGUAUUUGGGGCUGGAGAAUGGGUUUUAAUACAUGCAGUUCUUCCAUUUGGUAACCAGUCCCAUUUCUGACCGAGUCCAUGAUAGGUUCACGGGGACACAAGUCUGCAGAUGCUGGAAUUCCGGUUUUUUCACAGAAGGAAAAUAGUCUCGUUGGAACCUCGCCUUCGCCCGCAGUUUGAGAAGAGACCGGUAUACACGGACCGACCGCCAAUAUAGACUGUGGAUCGACUUUUCGAAGCUCAAUAACUAGAAACAUUCAUAUUGGCAGAAAAUUGAGGAGAAACCACUUCACCCACAGAAUGGUGUCUCUUUGGACCCCACCACGGAGAGCGAGAGGGGAACAGCAGGGAUGGAUUUAAAGUAGCUGUUGUGAAACAGAAACGGUA